AUGUCCAUGGAAAGCAUCACAAAGAACGCGAUCGACGCGCUCCAGCGUCUCGAGCGAUGCGAGAAGAAAGAGAGGUUUGACCUCAACCUGCCGACUGACAACCCGAGGCUGAAAAGGGUUGUGUACGAGAGGAACGAGGGCGACGAGGACGCGGUGAGGCUGCUCAAGGAUUACCUAAGGUCGGCAGACCUUCAAUCUCAAGGCAGCAAGGCGAUGAUCGAGCUUGUUCAAGACGUCUUGCAGGCGGGCCCAGGACUAUCGCUGGCAGGGAGCAGGAGGAAGACGAAGAGUAGCGAGAGCUCAACUGGAGUAGAGGUCGCGCGAACCUUUCCCUCAAGCCUAGCGCCGUCAUGCAGUGGGAUCAUGGACAAUGCCCACGUGCGACUCGACGGUCAUGACGAGAGCCGGGUGAUCGUGAACCGGAUCGUUGCAAAGGGGGAGAAGGUGGAGCAGGCGCUGCUGGCUGGGCUGAGCGGCAUGACCCCAGGGAGCGCACAGUACAUUGCACUGAAGGAGAAGGCGGCUGCAAGGAAGCUCAAGGCGAUCCUGAGGGCCACGGAAGAAGCGAUUGCAGAAAAGUGCAGCAGUCUCCAAGAGCACGUGAAGAUGACUUCCUUCCUCAAGUCGAGGGUGCGGGAGUACCAGGGCACCAUCCUCGCCUCCGUCCCGGACAUCCGCAUGGCGGCUGAUGCAUGGAUCCAGAACGUAGAGAGCCUGCGACGAGAGAGGGACAGGAUGAGGCACGAGCACACGAAAGGGAGGAGUGAGCUGGAACAGAAGGUGAUAGAGCUGCAGGAGAAGUUGGAGAGGACGGACAAGCAAGCGCAGGAGGAGCUGAAGAGGAAUGAGUCCUUUGCCAAGAACCUUGCUAGCAGCGCACUACGACAGAAGGAGCUCUCACAGGAGCUCGAGAAGUCGCAGUGUGAGCUGCGGGAGACGAGACAGGACAAGGAGCGACUCUCCCAGCUCGUGGACAGGCUCAGCAGCGAGUGUGAGGAGGAGAGAGGGCGAGCAGACAGCUUCUCUGAAGCUCUAGAUCGUCUCCGGGGGAUUCUGAAUCGAAUGAGAGGUGAUAUCGUUGAGCAGAGGGAAGCCGAUACAAGCCUUCGCGUCCUCGUGUCCUGGUUGCGCUUCGCAAGCCACUCCAAGUCCUCGCGGCACGCGCAGCAGGUGCUGGACAUGGAGGAGGAGGGUCGUCGCCUCCUGUCUGAGGAGAAGACGAUGUUCAUGAGGACGCUGGAGGAGGAGCGAACGAGGCUUCAGGACGAGAUCAAAGGGCUCAAUCAGGUGCUGAAGCACGAGCGGGAAGAACGGCUGCAGGAGUGGGAGGAAGUCUCGAAGCGCCGGGCAGCAGAGGCAGCAGCUCGCGAGGAGGAUCGAAGGCAGCGGGAGGAAGACAAGACUUUCAUAGCAGAGUUACAGCUGCAGGUGAGGAGCCUACAGCAAGAUCUCAACGCCAAGGCCCAUGUGAGCCAGCAGUCCCUCUUGGCAAGUGACAAGGUCCUCCACCACCAGAGUACUAUGGCGUCCAAGAUCAGCAUGAUCGAGCGGCUGGUGGCCUCCUUGGAGUCCUCCAUUCGCAAGCUAGAGGAGCCUCCGCGGCAGAGUGCUCUCCCGUGCAAGAUGGUGGAGGACGUAAGCUGGCGUGCCCUCAGCCUGUCGCAGGAGACCCGCUCGCUCCUCGAGGAACGAGACGCCUUCGCUAAGGAGAUCCUGUCGCCCCCUUGUGCUGCUGACCGGUCCACUCGCGUCUCUCCGAUGCCUCAUGCAACCCGAGUUCAGGGUCGGAGGGACGAGGGCGGGAGGUGCAGGGAGGCGGAGGCGGAGGCGGAGGCUGUUGUGGAGCAUUGCUGCGACUCCAAACACUUUGAGGCGAACUCGGAGAGAUCGAGGCACGUGAGAGAUCUAGGAAAGACAAGGCAGCGCGUGCAAUCUCCUGUGGAGGCUAGACCCGCCUCCCCACCCUCUCCUCGAACUCAGCGUUGUAAGCAGGAACAAAGGAAGGAGCUGAGGUUCAAUGUUCGACCUGGGUAUGUGGAGGAUGGAGCAGAGGAAAGAACAUUAGCUCUGAUCGAGGUAGAGGCGCAGGAGCGGUUCCUGGAGAUGGCUCUCGAGAAGGCCAGGAAGCGCGCUUCGCUCAUAGAGCACAUGAUUGACCAGCACUGA